AGCCAGCUUGCCACCGCUCGGGUUCGCAUACACACACACCUGCACGUUCUUGCACGUUCUUGACCUUGUUGACGGCUGGGCCGCUGUCGUCAGCACCUGAUUUCAAAUCAACACUGCCAUCAGAGGCACUGCGCCAAUGUGUUGAUGAUUACGGAACGCAUCGAGGACGAGUGUGCACUGUCCCAUCUCACACACCGACAUGGGCUCGCUCUGUUCAAAACCAAGCACUCUGUCGGGCGGAGAUACCGUUCUCCGUCCAAUAAACAAAGGCAAAGAAGGACACACGCUGAGCUCACAAGCUAACGGAGGCCAGCCCCAGACGGGCGCUCGCACGGCUGCUGCAGAGGCUGCUGAGAAACGGCGUCAGGCGGAGCAAAAGCGUGGCACGCAGGCUGCGAACCCAAAUCGGGGUAAGUUGGCAGCACAGCUGGAGGCAUCGAAGAAAGCUCCCAGGGCACCGGAGCCCAAGCAAGAAGAGAGGCUCGUGUGGGAUUGACCGCCGCAUUAUUCCAUGCUAUUCGUACAUUCGAGCUACUUCCGUUACGUCAACCUAUCUUCGAUGAUGCUGCGUGCCUCGUGCUUCAAGCUGAUGUGCUGCCCCGCAAUCUACGCAACCAGUAAUUUGCUCGCAGAAUCCACCGACGACAAGUUCCGCGAAGGCAGUCAUUUACGUGUUCUUGCAGCAAAAUGUAUGGAAGCAGAUUCUCGUGUAGGAAGAGUGCUUCGCCGAUUCGUCCCUUCUGACUUAUUAUCAUAGUUGCCCUUCGUUCGCAAUCGAACAGUAUGAUACAAACAUGCCAACGUGGGUCAGCAGUGCCAGUACUAGUGUUGGUUAAUCGAAGGUGCCCUCCUUAUUCGCAAACAUUUGUACAGAGGGAUAUGCUUCAGU